AUGCAGCAGACGGUGCUGAGGUGUCUGGUCUUCGCUGGCCACCGCACACCCGUCGAGGAGACCCGCAUUGCAGAACGCAACAGGUCCGAGCUGCUAAUUUCUGUGGCGCCGGGUCCGCCUAUCGGACUGCCACUAGGACAAGCCUCCUCCAAGCACAUCGCACCCCUGGAGAAGGUCUUCGGAUACCAGCUGCUUACAGAGGGCAUCUCGGAUAUACUCAUCGCAUGGACUUAUCCGAACAAUUGGGUCGCCGGGCAAGGCGUCUUGUACCAUGGGCCUGAGGCACUGGGCCUCAAGGUCGUUGAAUUUCGGGGUGGCCGAGCUUGGGUGUCCUUGAGCAACCUUGCGUGGGUAUUGCAACCACAGCAGUGCUGUGAGCUCGCCACCGGCAUUUCCUGGGAUGAGAUGCAGCGCCAGGAGCAGUCUCUCUUGGAGGAGUCCAAAUGGAACACCAACGACGCUCAAGGUGCCGGGAGCCAGUCGCGGCUGCAACGGUUGAAGACCCUCGCGAAAUAUUUUCUGGCGCAGCUACAGCUUCUGGACGACAUGGUAAAGGAGAGGCAGAUGCACUGCAUUAUGACGCUUCAAGAGGAGUACUCCUACAAUCUCUGUCUCUGCGGUGCCUCGGACCCACGGCUGCCAACGACCUUCCGGGCAGCUUUCUACAACCUGCUGAUCAGCAUGUGGCUGGAUCGGUACCCCCAUGCCUUCAUCGCAGUCCCGGCCUUGAUCCGCAGCUUCGAUGCAUCGCUGCAAUUGAAGGACACGCUGCCCGUUUUCGACCUGGGAGAGCUCAUAAGCAUGAGCACCACGGCUACUCCUGACAGCUGGUCGGCGGAGCAUGCAGCCAAGUUGCCAGAAGAGAUCCGCUUGUUCUAUUCUCUGGGAACUGCCCAUAAGAUGGAGUGUGCGCUGCGAGCUGUUCGUCGCUUCAUUUGUGCCGGGCGGAGUGUGGAGCAGAUGCUCCAUGGGCAUGCGGAGGAGUUGCUGCGCACCGGGGCCCUUGUACCGUUCGACGAGAGCUUGGGCAGUGCAAUGUUCGUGUCGCACCAAUGGCUUUCAAACGACCAUCCAGAUCCAUCAGGUCAUCAGUUCAGAGUUCUCCAAGGCGCUCUGCACAACAUCAUGUCCGGACAGAGCCGUGUGUCCCUACCAGUCACGGUCGAGCUUUUCUAUGGACGCUUGAAGACACCGCAAGCUGCUGAUUUCAAAUCCGGGCGACUGUUUGUUUGGUAUGACUACUUCUCUUGCCCACAGGGGGCGAGUGAUCUCUCCAGAGCCGACCGUCAACGUGCCAUAGACAAUAUCGUGACCUUUGUUUCAAGGUGCGAGUACUUUGUGAUCCUGUGCCCGGAGCUACAGCAUGCAAAUCAGCAGCAGGUGCUGAAUCAUGCAAGCUGGGCAGAGAGGGGUUGGUGUCGCACCGAGCGUGUGGCCAGAGAACUUGCAGUGCGGGAUGAUGGCUUUGUGGUCGUAGUCGAGAGCGAGACGCAGCAACACGUUAUGUCAAACCUGCAUCGGCACCUGGAUUCGCCCGGUGCCGGCCUUUUUACGUUGGAGACGGACCGUGCUCGAGUUGGUCGCGUGCUUGUACAGAUGGUCUGGAAGAAAUUGCAAUAUUACCUGGAACAAGAUGACAUGCACAACUUCCGGUAUCUCUUGAGCACGCAAGAUAUCUGCUGCCUCUCGGGGCUCGGCUUUCUUCCGCUCGAAGGCUUGAUGCCCGGAUUCGUGUCGCAAGCGGAUCCUUUCGCCUGCCCGGAGGCCUUUGCAGUGGAACGCUUUUUGCAUGACACGGGCUUCAAGGCGGUUUCGGAGCGAGAUUCUGCAGGCUGGACACCCAUGUGUUAUGCUGCCCUUUCCGGCAAGCAGUUCCUGGUGGAAGCAUUGCUCAAACAGAAAGCAGAUUGCAACGACAGGAUUACCCGACACAAGCCGAAGAUGCUUCUUCCGCAGAACAUGCCCGUCCUGUCACUUGCAGCAUAUUUCCGUCGGAAUGGAGUGUUGAAGCUGCUGCUGUCUGCGCGGGCGAACGUGAAUGCAGUCGAUGGCCAUGCUAGUGUUGCUAUUCACUGGGCGAGUGUAGCAGACAACGUGGAAGGUCUGCAGGCAUUGUGUGAUGCUGGAGCGGAUCUUAGCAAGCUGAACUUGCCCGGUUUCGAUACCUUUCAAAUUGCCUGCUUCUCAGGGUCUCUCCGAAUCGUGCAGGCAAUGCUUCAGAGUCCUUCCACGAGCCUCCGACACGGAUUGCACGCUGCCCUGAUGGCUGAUGGAGGUACCCGGCCAGUCAUUUCCACUUUGAUCCAGGCAAGAGCCGAUGUGAAUGAGCAGUACAAAAGAGAGCAUCCGCCGCUCUUUCGAUUCAUCUUACUAGUGCAGCGCCUACGGCACAGGGUCAACCCAAGCAAACUGACAGCGCUCUGCUACCAUCAUCCUGGAGCCACGCCACUCAUGCUGAGUCUCAUGAGUUGCUUCUUUGCAGCGUCCUAUCUCCUCCUUGAAGCGGGUGCAGAUACCACUCUCCGAAACCAGCGAGGCAAGAGAGCUGCAGACUUUGCCAGAGAGGCAAACGCGCCGGCGCACUUGGUGGACAUUCUGGAGGGGAGGGUGCACAUCUCUCACGCGUUGGCUGCCAAUGACACAGACGACGAGGAUCUGGUGCUCAACGUAUUGCGGCUGCUGCAAACGUUUGGCUUCGUGCCGAACCUCGCUUGCUUCCAGGAGCUGCAGGGUCCGCUGCUCAGGUGCCUGGAUGGGCGGACCGACUUGCUCCAUGCCCCCGUACGCGAGAAGCGGCUCAAGCCGAAGGAGCAGGCCAGCGGGGAUGUGCACGAGGCGAUCAUCCCACUUCUACAGCCUGAGGAGGCCACUGUUCAUGACCCCAACGUCAUGACGAAGGAGUUUUUUCCACCGCUGAUCGAUGCCACAGCUCGGUAUGCGGUCACGGACGAGAGCAGUGGCGUCAUGGCUUGCAAGGUGCAACUGCUGCGGAUCGUCCUCUUCACCACCAAGAUGGGGAUGCAUUCGAAGAUUUCUCACGUCCUCGAGCUCUUUCGCAGCCAAGUGUACUCGGCACUGUAUUCCUCCCUAACCGCUGGCAAUGAAACCAUGACGAUGGCAGAGGAUGUGGUGGACAAUGUUCUGCGCAUCAUAAGCGAGCCCGUGAUCGACUUGAUGCAGCCCUAUAUGCGAUCUCCGGCCGUCAUGUGUGUUGACCUCAUGAUGUAUGGCUCGCAGGACAUUUUUGCGUUGGCCUUGGAGCUGCUAUUUGCACAUUGUUGCCAGGGCUCAGAGCUCAUCAACCUCCUGGAGAAGGUGGAGUUGCUCACCACGGCCCAAGACAAGCUGUUCUCGUCCUUGAAGCACGAUGUCUUCUCAGUUGGACGGCUGCUCUACAGUAUUGAGAACUGGGGCGUUGACGAUGACUUUUCGACCAUCGACAAUGCUAAGCUGAAGCAAUUCAGCUCUCUUUGCAAACGGAUCCGCGGCCUGUGCAUCAAUGGGGAUCCUUCAAGCAGCCCCCACGAGGAAACAGAGUUUUUCUCGCACAUGGAUUACACGGUGAGGAUGAGCUUUUCAGACUUUCCGCAAAGCUCCGAGCCACUGGUCAAGCAGGUGAUUUCUCAAAUGUGCCACUGCGCAGUCAAGGCCGUGGCAAACAACAGCAAGAACCAGAUGCAGGCUUAUCGAUCUGUAGAUGCGAUGAAAGCCUUGGUCGCUGAGCAGCCGGAGUCUGCGUUGCUCCUGGCAGAGAUCUUCAAGGGCAAUUUCACCAUUUGCCGGCGUGAGCGGAUGGCCGGCAGCUUCGUGUCCUGCUACAUCGACUUCUACAUGGCUAUUGUCUCUGCUGGCAACAAGCCGGUGGUACGGAACCAGGCCUGGCAUCCUUGUAGAUUUAGGGCUUAA